AUAUGGCGAUUAUUAUAGUUUGUUAUUUCUCGAUUGUACCCUGAUGACAAGCUAAUUUCGACGCAACUGCAGGUAAAUCAUUAAAAAAUUAUCACAGAUAGAUAAAGAAAUUCUUUGGUAUUACUAUCGUUUAUAUAUACGUUUAAAUUUUAAGACUGCGUAGUUCAAAUUAUAAUUAUCCAUCGAAAUGGAUAUUGCCAAAGAACAUAGAGCAUUAGUAGACAGCAUUGCUAGGGAAAAUGGCUUCACAGAUUAUGAAGUAAUAACCAGUUCUGGAUCAAGCAAGGGAGACAACUUUCUGGGAGUUCUGACUGCGAUUACCAUCAAAGACAAGGAAAAAAGUUUGGAUUUGAUUUUGAAAUCUUCCCAUACGAAUAAGGGUUUUAGAGAAGCUACACCCAUUAAAGAAAUUUUUAGUAGAGAGAUAUACAUAUAUGAACAAGUUUUUAAAGAAUUUAAGAAGUUCCAAGAAGAACACAGCAUUGAAGAUCCUUUCGAGAGUGUCCCCAAAUUUUAUUCGAGUUUUGCUGAAGAUGAACUUGAAGGUUUAGUUAUGGAGAAUUUAAAAACACAACAAUACGAGCUGUGGGAUAAAAAAGUCCCGAUGAAUCCAGGACACAUUAAAGCAGUUCUCAUCGAGUAUGCUAAGUUUCACGCAGUUUCAUUUGCAAUGAAACAGAAAAAUCCAGCAUUAUUUAAAAAAUUAUCAGAAAAGAAUGGAACUAAUCCAUUUGAGAAGAAAAAUGCCAGUGAAAAAGAUAAUGAAGAGAGAUAUAAAAAAUUUUUUUCUGAUACUUUAUCAAAUGGUUACAAAGUAUUAAAAGAUGAUCCAGAAUUGACAGAAAAGCUUAAAAAAUAUGAACAAAUUGUAGAUACUGAAUUUAUGUCUAAACUAAAAGAACCAGAAUACAAGCUUGUCAUAACUCACGGAGACUGUUGGUGUAACAAUUUUCUGUUUAAAUAUCAGGAUCCAAAUGAUAAAACAAAACCUGAAGAUUUACGUAUUGUAGACUGGCAAAUAUCUUCUUUUGGAAGCCCAUGUGCGGAUCUGGCUUAUUUUUUGCUUGUAAACAGCUCUGAAGAGGUUCUAGAUGACAUCCAAACGUACCUAAAAAUUUACCAUGGCAAACUGUCUUCACAUCUUCGUAAUUUUAAUUUAGAUCCCGACGAGUUGUUUCCUUUCUCUACGUUUCAACAUCAUUUAAAUCUAUUUCUGUUACAAAGCUUCUUUUAUGCGUUUUUACUUUUUAAAAUAAUGUUAAGUGACAAAGAGGAUAUACCUGAUCAUGUUGAAGCUGUUGAUAAAUCAAGGUCUUGUUGAGGUAUGAAACAAAAAACUGUGAGGAGUAUGCUAGAAUAAUUAAAAUUCUAAUACAAUUUUUGGUUAAAAAUAAAUAUUUGUGAUAUAUGUAAAUAAAAUAUAAUCAUUAAUUUUGAUUUAUUAAAGCACCGAUUAAGAAAAUAUUCUUCCCUUUUUUAUGUACUGCAAUAGUUAAUUAUCAUGAAAAUUUGUGUGACAUUUUUCUUUUUUAACCCAUAUUUAUUCAUCCCUUGAUGUUGCUCUCAUCUAACUUUUUCCUUUAGUAUGCCAUGUGUUUUACACAUACAUUGUUUUCCUAAAGUAGUUCAGAUAUCAUCUAUUCAUAUUUUCUGGGGUUUACAUUUAUUUCUUCUCAUUUGUCUUGGUAAGGUGUUUGUUUUAUUUUUAUCACAUCAUAAUUUAGUUUACCCCAGGAUGUAUUUUGUCUAAUAGUGAUCCAUGAACCAUAAAUAUUCUGUUUUUUUUUUUCGUUUUGAUAUCUAGUCGUGUACCUGGAGGUAUUCACAGCUUCAUAAUUGAACAGUUGGCGCGCAUACAUAUUAUUUAUUGGUUAACGGAUUCAUUUUAAACCUCUGAAGGGAGAAGUAAUUUACCUUGGAGAAUAAUCCACUUGGAGAUUAAGGGUUCUCAAUAAAGUUUAUAUGUCACUGUAAAAUUAGAUCCAGAAUAUAGCAGAUCCAGAGCUGCUUUUUGAAAAAUGUCCAACGGAAUUUGUAACAUAAUUGAUACCUAAAUUGGUGUUGAGGAUCCGUCUACUUCGUUGCUACGUGUUCUCGGUCUUACUUUAGACUUCUUGAAGUAUUGAACUGUGAAUAAAAUUGAUCUAAAUCACCUUGAGACUUUAGAAAUAUUGUGCUAUAGAAGAAUUGUAAAAGAUUCUUGGGUAGAGAAGAUUCGGCGGAGGUUGCUACAAAAUAUUAUGCAACGGCAAAUAACAGUCAAACGCAGUCCAGGACGAAGAAGGAUAUCAUGGUUGAAUAAUUUACAUGAUUGGUAUGGUAUCGAUACAAGCAUACUAUUUAGAGUGAGAGUAAAUAAAAUUAAGAUAGCUAUGAUGGUAACCAACAUUCUGAAAGGACGUACAUGAAUAAAAAUAAAGAUAAUGUUUAUUA